AUGCUAUUCUUGGGCUGUCCUCCUCAAAAGAACCUUGAUACCCCCUCGUCUCGCCUUCUCACGUAUUGCUCUGACUCUGCUCUCCAGCCUUUCCCAACUCCCCAUAACGCCUUCGGUGCCUGCACAUCGCUGACAAACACACGCACCGCCCGGAGACACUCGACGCCGCGCUCCUAUCCUCUGCACCCUAUUCCAGUACACCUUAAGUCUCAGCCUAGCCUUUAUCCAGUAGGAUUUUGCGUGCCCUUAUCUGCGCCCUCGCCUCCGCUCCGCACCUCGGAUGCCCCUGCCCGACGCACCUCACGCGCUCCGAGUCGUCGGACGCCGUCAUCGCGUGCGGCAGGUGGUGAGCACUGCCUGAGUAUAUUUGCGACCCUUGCAUUUUCUGACGUCCUGGAUGAAGCUUUCCCGCGCGCCGACUGGUACACGCACGCUGAAUACGAGCGAAAGCCCGCUGCGCUGCGAGCUCACACCGCGCCGCCUCCACGCGUUCGCAUGCCUGCGCCUGUUCUGCGUGAACUUGUGGCUAUGCCUACGCCUCACGCCAACGAAAUUGAUACUCGCGCAUAUUCAAGGCCACUGGGAAGGGAAUCUGCGAGGAGCACAGGUCGCAUGCCGUCUGUUGCGACAGUGAUCGCUCUCCUCGUGUUAGGGCUCUCGUCGUUUUCUGGGAUGCAUGUGGGUGCAGGGGUGGCGGCGCUGGAGGUGCGGUCAAUGGAGCCGCUGGACUCCGGGAGGGACGGAGGUUGGGCAGACGUAUCUGGUUUUCAGGCUUCGGUGGUGCUGUUUCCAAGGCAGCAGGGCGUGACUGCAGGAAUGGGCGGAUCCGGACGGGAGACCGCAACGGGGGAUGGUGCUGCCCCCUAUGCUGCAGUGGAUACAUCAAUUCUUGCGGGGGCAACAGGUACACGUGGUCAGUCUGCGAGUAUGAGUGCACCUACGGUGGCCAGUUUGGACUCGGCAUCGACACCGGCGGUCGCCUCUCCCUCGUUGCAAACACAGACCCAGGUACAGACGCAAGUACAGACACCAACACAAGCAACCACGACAGCUCCCACAACGACGCCGACACAAUCCCAGAUGGAUCCAACAGUUCCAGCAUCAGCUAAGCCUUCGCAAAAUUCGCGGGGUCAGGGAGGGACAAAUGUUACUCCUGACCCUCCUGUCAAUUCGCCGGCGCCGACAAACUCAAAUGUCUCUUCAAGUUCACCUACUGCGGCAUCUCCGACAAGUUCAGCCCCCGAUAUACAGCGGUCCUCCAGUGGUUUAUCCCCUGCGUCGACGUCCUCGGCUUCUCCGAGCCCAGCCCCAACAACGAGCGCGGUGCAGCCUACAAGGCAAACUCAGUCAUCGGGCACGACCGUGUCGACCGGGGCCGCACGGUCUUCUGAUCCACCCUCGCCAGCGCCUUCACCGUCCCCUGCGAGAUCAUCUGCAUCAAGCUCGGCGGCGUCGAGCGCGACGCAAACGGCUACUGCCUCGGCACAGUCCUCUGACUCGCCUUCCCAUUCCACCCCAACGCGGGCUUCAAGCAGGGGCUCUGACCUUACAACUUCGACGUCUGAUCUGUCGUCUGGUAAUCCAAGCCAAAAAACCAGGUCGUCGACUGGGAUGAGUUCGAGGAGCGGAGAUCCGGCGGCUAGUGAGACGUCAAAUACGAGUACGGGAAAUCGGUCGGGGUCGGCGGGGGAUACGACAACGUCAAUGUCAACGUGA